GGGGCGUGGCCUCAGUGCAGGGGGCGUGGCCUGUGCCUUGGGGGCGUGUGCCCCCCCCUCCCCCGGCCCUGUGCUGCGUUGCUCCGGCGACGGCGUCCUCAUUUGGAGGCGAUGGGCAGCGGCGGUUCGACGUGUCUGAUAUCAGCCGAGGGCCCCGCAGGCGUGGAGCAGCGCCUGGAGGCGCGGCGUGGGCGGCUGCCCCCGGCGCUGUGGGCUCAGCGUGGGCUUCGCAAGCUGUACCUGAGCGGCGCCGGGCUGCGCGACGUGCCGGCAGAGCUGGCGUCCCUGCGGCACCUCCGCACGCUGGCGCUGGACGGCAACGAGCUGAUGGAGGUGCCCGAGGCCCUGUGCCAGCUGCCCUGCCUGGCGUACCUCUACCUGGGCCGCAACGGGCUGCAGGGGCUGCCGCCUGCCUUCGGCCACCUGCAGAGCCUGCGCUGCCUCUGGCUGGAGGGCAACUUCAUGGGUCGCUUCCCCACCGCCCUGCUGGGCCUGCCGGGCUUGCGCAGCCUGCAGCUGGGAGACAACCGCCUGGCCCGCCUGCCCUCCUCCCUGCCCCGCAUGGCCGGCCUGCAGGGCCUGUGGCUCUACGGCAACCGUUUCCAGCACUUCCCCCCGGUGCUGCUGCGCAUGGCCCAGCUCCGCGUCCUUGACCUCGAUCGCAACCGCAUCGCCCGCUUCCCCGACCUGCGGGGCCUGGCCGGCCUCUGCCUGCUCUCCUACGACCACAACCCCGUGCCUCAGCCUCCCCGCGUGGCCGACACGGUGCGCCUGGUGGGCAGCGGGGCCGUGGAGUACAUGGAGGAGCGGGAGGAGAGGCUGCGGGAGCAACAGCGUCUCGAGGAGGAGGAGGAGGAGGAGGAAGGCGCUGGGAGGAUGCCCCGGGAUGAUGGAUCCCCGCUGCUGGAGGACGCGCCGUGAGGGGUUUGUGGAGCAAACCCACUGGGGUGCCUUGGAGCGUCCCAAAUAGGCACGGGGCUCUGUUUUUGGGUGGAGGAAGCAUCGCUCCACUCUGACCGUGCGACAGCUCUGCCCCGAGGACGGGCAGCACAGCUCUGGGUGCUUCCUACAGCACUGCCUCCGUGCUGUGCCCCUCUGCUCCUGCCUCCCCGGCUGAGGGUGCUGGCACGUGGACCCCGCUGCCCAUUGAGUUUUGGGAUGGACACACAGAGUUCUUGCCCGUGCUGAGCUCCCAUUCUCCAGAUCAGGGAAGAAGACAAUGGAAGACCUCACCUUCAGCCUUCUCCGUGCAGGGGAGCUCCGUGCCAUGCCUUAGAAGAAGCACUGAGGCUGCAGGCUCGCGGUCCACAGCCGUGUUUGGCAAUAAGAAGCACAGAUGUGGUGUGAGAAAGGCAGUGGGAUCAGUUGUCAGGGCAGGGGGGGGUAUUGGGGAAGGGCUGUGAGUGGCCUUAUUCUGCCUUGUAUGGCUGGAUACGAUCCCAUCCCCACGCUCUUGGGCUCACCGCCUGCACAUCCAGUGCUAAUGGCAGGGGGUUGGGGUUGGAGGCCGGCAGCCAGCCCGCGUGCCUGCCACAUCCUUUUUCCUUUCCAGCCUUUUACCCUCUGCGUUCUGAUUCCCCACCCCUCUGAGCUUUGGGAUCUGUGCUGGGACGGGGCUGGGAUCCAGGACCUGCUGCGGGCAUUGGAAGUGUUUUGGGUGCCAGCCCCGUUGCGGUGCAUCAUCCAUACGUCUGUCUCUAUAUAUAUCCCUCUCCGCCCGCUCACAGAUCCCCAUACAUGUUUUGCAGCUGGGAACGUGCUGCUAUUUCCAUCUGCUCCUGCUGACUGCAGGCGCUGGGGAUCGCUGCGCUGAUGCCACAUGAACCCAGGCUCUGCCAUACCCCUGCUGCUAUCAAGGGCUCUACGCUGCCAAAGCCUUGUGGCUCAGCAGGGUGCAGCCCUAAGCCAGUGGCACCAGGGGACUGCUUUGUCCCCUGUUUUGGCACCCGAGGGGAGCCAUGUUCCGGAGGUUGCAUAGCUCUCCGCCAGCCCUGCAUCUGGAAUUUCUUUUAUUUAUUCAAGAGCAGCAUCCGCACAAUUAUCUGUCACAGCAACUUGAGCCUUGACCGUGCUGCCAGCACCCCAGGCUGCCGUGUUCCCCCUGCGCUGGGGACAGGCACGGUGCUGGGUGCGGUGGCUUUGUGCCCUGUGUGUUCAGAGCCUCCUGGGGGAAACAAGCCCAAAUCUCACCCCCAAACCCAUCCCAAGCCGCAGCCACAACCCAUCCCCAAACCUGUCUUUAAAUCUAUUUCCUAAACCCAUUCCCAAAACCCCAUCCCCAAACCCAUCUUUAAAUCUAUUCCCUAAAUCCAUCUUCAAAACCCCAUUCCCAAACCCCA